GCAAUUCCCGUCCACACUUUCAUUCACGGGACCUCCCUACCUGCCUACCCGUACACAUAGAUAUAGACCGAAGAAGAAAAAAACAGACGGCCUCACCCCAAAAAUGGCCACCACCACCACCAACCCCAAAGACAGAGCCGCCGAGAUAACAAAGCCCAUAGACUUCGACCCAGCAGCAGUCCAGCGCAUCUCCAGACGCCCAGACCCAGCGCAGCAGCCCGAGAUCCACGAGCCGGACCCGCGGUGGCCGUCGGCCUUUGCCCGGCUCGAGGCCCGGAUCCGCGGCGCGCUGGGCGGCACGGCCCUGGCCAUCAACCACGUGGGCUCGACCUCGGUCCCCGGGCUGCCGGCGAAGCCGUGCAUCGACGUGGACGUCACCGUCGCGGACCCGGCGGACGAGGCCGCGUACGUGUCCGCGCUGGUGGGCGAGGGGUGGGAGGGCCAGAAGGAGGAUGACGGUACCGGCACGGGCAUGGGCCCCGCGGGCGGGGACCGCGGCGCCGGGCUGCAGUUCCUCCUGCGCGAGCCCGGCUGGCACCAGCACCGGCUCUUUAUCUGUGCUGACCCCGUCGCCAACGUGCAUGUCUUUGGGCCCGGGUGUCCUGAGUCUGAGAGGCAUCGCAUCUUUCGGGAUUGGCUUCGUGAGCACCCCGAGGAUCGCGACAGGUACGCCGCUGUCAAGUAUGAGGCGGCGGCCGCGAGCCGCGAGGCUGGUGAGACUAUGCAGGACUACACCGAGAGGAAGAAUACUGUCAUCCGGGAUAUCCUCGAUCGCGCCUUCAGGGCUGAGGGGCUACUGCAGUGAUAUGAGCGGUCUGCUCUCGUGAGCGAUUGAUCUUACAAAAGGCAAUGAUUGUCUCUUAACGCCUCUGUGGUCUCUCACUUUUUAUUCUGG